GGAAAGUUUGUUCCAUGGAGCACCUGCUGGCUCGAUUGGAAAUGGACUCUCCUCCUGUUUCCAAGCGAAUUGUCAGUCUUCUGUUCAACUCAUUCUUUCCAGUCAACCAAUCAGAGACUGUCUGGUGCGAACGAUGCGUCACUCUGAUUCAGACAAACCCCGGGGCGGCUCGCAAGUUUUACCAGCAUGCUUAUCUCUACACGGCUCCUGCUAAUAUAGUCAAGCUGAUGCUGGUGAUCCGAAAGUGCCUGAAUGUGUGCAUUCAAAGUGCAGGAGAUAAUGAGUUUGCAUCUAGCAAUAAAGAAAACAGCACGAUGUUGGAGGAUGUUCUCUCAGUGCAGGACACUGCCUCCAUGGCCAGCCUGCUGGAGAUCCUCGUCAUUCUAUGGAAGAGUGUUCAGAAAUCUCUCAUGGCUAACCAAGAGACCUUCAAGUACACCACGUCAAAGUUCUCAUCUGUUCUGCCCCAGUAUCUUAAAAUCUUUCAGGAGGAGCGGUGUAAAGCCCCUCUCAUUCUUCUAGCCUCUCUACUUCCUGCCUCUGCUGUUCCAGCUCUGAGGAGUAAAGUGAUGUCUCACUUGAGGAGUUUGAAAGCGGGCACCGCUGUGAUGUCAUACAGUCAGUAUGUGGAGUGUCUCUGUAGCUGGGGGCAGAUCAGCCAUAUUGUGGAGCUGAUAGAGAACUGGCUUGUGGAGGCUGCACCUGUGAGAGCGCAAGGUGAUGAAGAUAUAACUGGCAAAGUGCAUUUUGAUGGGCUGGAAGAGUCGAAAUCAGAUCUGGGCCUAGACUAUCUGGAUUAUCUGCUCCUGCACCCUAAAACACGAGACUGUCUGUUCACACUGCCGCUGGAUCAGAUCAGACCACUCCAUAGGGCCCUCAACAAAUGGAAGUCGCUGUUGUUUUCCUCCCUGAGCGGAGAAGAGGUCAGAGUGGAAUUCAUUGAGACAGCGCUGAGAGCUUUUAUCUUCCAUGGUCGACUCAGUAUCCAUCUUCAAUACAAAUUCCCAGAGGAGCAGGGGUUCCUCAAAUCCCUGGAGCAUUCUGUGUCCUGGGUAGAGAAAAGAGUCCUUCCUUUUCUGGCCAACUCCAGCAGUGAGCAACAGUUGUCCUUAAGCAGGAAGACCAUAGAAAGUUGUUUAACAGUGUGCAAGAAUGUGCUGCGGGUUUCUGUAGGAGACGGUGAUUUCAGAGACCAUUUACUGCAGCAUGUUGCCUCUGUACUGCAGACAGAGAAAGGAUACAUGUGCACCCCUCAUGUGCUCGCUCUGCUUACUGAGGUGGCACAGGGCUGCCUUUCCCAUAAGGCUGAGACACAGGAAGAUCAAUCGUCCCUCACUAUCCGCAUUUUGACCAACAUCUUCCAGAAAGUUGUGGAGAUCAUAGCGCAUAGACUACGUAAAGACAAGGAAGAGGGUCAGGAGCUGUGUUGCUCUUCUGAAGAAGCUCUUUAUGACUUCUUGCUGGUGACUAAGUUUACAACUGAGAGGUCAGAGUUCAUCACAGGAGUCUUCUCAUCACUCUGUGCAGCAGUUAUUAUUGAUAUCAGCCGCACUUUGCAGAAGAUCUCUCAUGUGGAAGAGGUGUUGACCCCAGAGACGGUUAAUGACCUUCCACCUCUCUCGAACACCAUACUCAAAGUGACGCUCAAAUCACCUGCUGUUACCAGGUUUUUUCUGUCUGAAAUAAGCUCCUCCAUUGAGUCAGAGGUCAUCGAUAGUAUCACACAAUGGGCUGCAGUUACACACAUUCUGACCAUCAUCAAACAAUCUGAUGCAUUUAUUGUGGAGUUGAAGGAAAUUGCUUUGUCUGUACGCAGACAAAUACAGAGCCAUUACAACAUCACUGCAGAAAACUCUGACAAUAUACAGAGGUCCAUCUAUGAAUCCACUGUCAGGAUGCUGAAUGAUAUCCUAAAUCCAUGCCAACAACCAAACAGUUAAAUUGGCAAGCUAAUAAUUUAGAGUUUAUGCAUAUUCCCACAAAAUUCUUUAUUCCUUAUUUUGUUCUCUCAGCUGUAUACUGUCUGUCAUGUUUUUAUUUUCCACUCUCUAUAUACAAGAACAUUCACUAUAUAAACAAAACUUCCAUAAAACGUCAUCUUGGUUCACUAGGAUCACUAUUCAUUUUCUUUUGUACACUUUCAAAUGCAACAGUGUUUCCAUUGCAUAUAACUCUAGUUUAUAAUCUUAUCAAUCUACUAAAAAUCUUCUAUUUUGAAGACAUUUCAGUGAAUCUGAUAUAUCUUAAGAUGAUACUUUUAAGGUUUAAGGUGUCUUUGAUGAAAUAUGUCCCUUCUAUUGACCUUUUCUGCUUUAUCCUCAGAUCCAUUCCAAAUACUGGUCUGAGAUGUGUUGUUAUACUUCUACUUUCCCUAUUAAACCAUAGAAGUGUACAGACAAGUAAUUUCUAAAUGUAAACUCUGAGAUAUGUAUAUGUGAUUGAUUUUUUUUCUAAUCUGAGGUCUUUACAGUGUCACAGUCUGUAAUCAUGGUGUGAAAUAAAGAAAAAGCACAUUAGAUUAAAUCUGAUUUUGAAGAAA